AUGACCAAGCCAACGAUUAAAGCAGUCUUCUUUGACUUCAUGGGGACGUGUUUAGAUUGGCACAGCAGCGUAGUGCAAGCCUUGCCCUCAGCCAUCCCCCGCGCCGAAGCAUCCAAACUUGCUCUCGAAUGGCGGCAGCAGUACUUUCGUGAAAAUAGCAUUCGGGUGAGUCAAAAUCUCAACCCCGAAGAUAUCGACAUCACCCUCGCGCGCAGCCUGGAGAUCGUCCUCGCGCGCUUCCCCGCACACUCGCCCCAUUUCGACGACAAGACCAAAGUCCACCUCAUCCGAGCGUGGCAUUCCCAAACGGCAUGGCCUGAAGUUUCGAAUGCAAUCCAAAGUCUUCGGAACCAACUUGGUCUCGAGGUCUUUGUACAUGCGAACGGGACGACUCGACUCCAACUCGACCUGACCAGCUCCUCGGGUUUGGAGUUUGACAUGUUGUUUUCAAGCCAGUUGCUGGGAGUGUACAAGCCGAGCCGGGAGGCAUAUGAAAAGGCUCUGGGGCUGGUCCAACUCCAGGCAGAGGAGGUUGUCUUGGUCGCGGCGCAUGCCUAUGAUCUGCGGGGUGCAAAGGCAUGUGGACUGAGAACUGUGUACGUUCAUCGAUGGACUGAUGAUGUCGAUGAAGACAUGGAGGCAGUCAAAACGGAGUUCGAUGCCUUCUUGGAAAAUAUGGAUGACCUUCCUCUUGCGAUUCAUGCAUUGUGA